UUAGGACAGUAUAAAGGCUGUGAGAAGAAAAGGAAAGGCCCCAGCAGCUCUCUGUCAGGUCACGAAAGGAAACAAGCAGCGACAUUCUGCAUGAGCCUGCAGUUAACCUGACUGAUGUGUCCCGCGUGUGAUCUGUCAGACGAGCACGAUGUCCGUGGAAGGCUGGCUCUGCUGGCUGAGUGUUCUGUUGCACUUGGGACACACCGACACACAUAGCCACAUGGGGGAGGUGGAGAUCUACAAAGUCAGCACAGGUCACCUGUUGCUGCUGAGGUGCAAAAGUUCACAUCUUCCCACCAAUGUAACCUGGAGCAGAGGUUACAGCCUGAGCCUGCCCUCAGGCGUGGAGGUCAGAGACGGCGCUCUGUGGUUCCUGCCUGUGCAGAUCCACCACAACGGAACCUACACCUGCGAGGAAAGGGGUCAGGGAGGAUCAUGGGAGAUGGAGUUUCUGGUGCUAGUGACCAGUGAAGAGUGUCCUGAUCCUGCCUUUUCUAUAUUUAUCGCUCAGGGAGUUAGGAAUGUUCUGCAAUGUCCACUGAGUGAGAUUCUCAGUCUGAACACCUCAACACAUAUACGAUGGCUGAAGGACGGCAGUCCCAUACGGCAGAGAGGGGUGGAAAUCUCUGAGGGUGUCAUUUUCCUGCCUGCAUCCUCAGAAGAACAUGCUGGGAAAUACACGUGCCUGGUAGACAUGCAUUUGAAUGGCCAGAAUUACACUGCAGCACGCAGUGUCCAAGUGAAGAUCAACAAUGACACAGUGGGAAAUAUAUUUAAACCGCCCACAGUGGUGUGCCCUCAGAACAAAGUGUUUUUUGUUGAAUUGGGUGCGAGAGCGGAGCUGCAGUGUUUGGCCUACUUAGGCUCCAGUGAGGAUGCUGAGACGGACAUGUACUGGACUGUUGGCGACAGCCACAUUGAAGAGUAUCCAGGCUUCAACGACAGCAGGACAUUAAUUCAUGAAGGACAGACAGUUUAUUCACAGUCCAAACUGUCCAUCCCUAAAGUUCUUCCUCAGUUCCUGAAUGUUCCUUUUUGCUGCCACAUAAUGAAUCCAACGGAUCGGGUUAACUGCACAGUUUGGCUUCAAGCAGUUGACCACAGCGCCAUCUACACCAGCGUGGCUCUCUGCUUGGCUGCAGUCAUCACCACUGUCAUCCUGAUUGUUGCCUUCCAGUUCUUAAAAGUUGAUCUGGUGUUGGCUUACAGAAAAUUAUUGCCUUAUUUUACAAAACAAGUACCAGAUGGGAAACUGUAUGACGCCUAUGUGAGCUUUGUCCAUGCUGACGCCUUGAGUUCAUCUGAAACCGCAAGCUUUGUCCUGCAACUGUUGCCUGAGAAGUUGGAGAAACAACAAGGCUACUCGCUGUACAUCAGAGAAAGGGAUGGCUGUCCUGGUGAAGCCAUGCAUGAUAUCAUUUCUGCUACAGUGCGCAGAUGUCGGAGGCUCAUAAUUGUUUUGUCCACAUUGGAUAGCUCUUCCCCCAAUGGUAAAACAGAGGAGGCGUCACUCCUUUGUGACAGUAAUCAACACCAGCUGUGGUAUGAUUGGACUGUGGGCCUUCACGAUGCCUUGAUCCAGAAUGACCCACGGGUCAUUUUAGUAGAAAUAGAUAGUCCUUUGGAUUACAGCAGCCUGCCCGAGUCUCUGCGCCACAUCAAAAGGAGACAGGGAAUUCUGAAGUGGAGAAAAGACACUUGCAGAAGUCGAAAACUCACCAAGUUUCUCUCAAACAGACACUUCUGGAAGCAGCUGAGAUACCACAUGCCCUCAGUGCCUGCAGUAAAACUCAAGAACACUUUCUAAACCAAGUCAAACAGCUUUGCAUGUUCUGUUGCAUGGCGACCUGCAGAGUAGCAUGCAGUAAACAGGGGAUUACUUAAACAGGCC